UGAAAAAUGUCCCGAAAAAUUAGAUUUUCCAUUGACUCUUUUUUGAGUUAGAGAGAUUAAAGUUAUAUGGUACAAGAUGAAAGUCAUGCAUCGAUGUCGUUGGACUCGAAGGAAACAAUAAUCGUCGGGUAUCGGAAACAUGCGGCACCUUGCGUACGAAAAAACUCACCUUUAGCACGCCUUUAGGUACCUACGCAGCUACGCGACGUUCGAAUCAUUACAAAUAAAUAAACAAAUUACCUAAUACGCACGGCGAACGACACAAGUAGCUCAUACAAGCACUUGUUAUCAUAUAUUUACUCAAAGGAUUACACAUUUAACAACUACUCGAAUUUUAAGGAAACAAAGCAAUAAGUAGGUCACCAAACAAUAUCCGUGCAUUGCCCUGAAUGGUGUUAUCAUAGUUAAUCAAAUAAUCUAGCCUUUAUGAAAUGAUUGUCUCAAUUUAAGUCAACAGUCUAUCGGUAACUGUUGAUCGAUUGCUAUAAAACAGAAAAAUAGUUACGAUAACGGUGUAUUUUCAUCACAAAUAAAUAUGUUUUUUUGGACAAAUGUUGUGGUACAUGUGACAUUGGUUUUUCUAUUUUCUAGUUGUGUUCGUUCUGAUAGUAAUUACUUAGAUGAAUAUAGCAGUUCUGAGGUCCAAGAAGAUGCGCUUUUAGACACGUUUUCAUUAAUAAAGAAAUAUGGAUACCCCUGUGAAAUACAUCGAGUCUACACUGAAGAUAAUUAUUUACUGGAAAUGCAUAGAAUACCGGGCAACAAGUCUUCACCCGUAGUCUUCCUGCAACAUGGCUUGUUGUCCUCUUCUGCUGAAUGGGUUCUCAUGACACCUGGCAGGGGUCUAGCCUAUCUCUUAGCGGACGCCGGCUACGACGUCUGGAUGGGCAACGCUCGAGGCAACACCUACUCCCGAAGUCACGCGACAAUAAAACCAACGUCGUCAUCAUACUGGAAGUUCAGUUGGCAUGAAAUAGGCUACUACGACCUCCCGGCUAUGAUCGAUUACGUAAUCAAAGAAACUGGAGUCCCAAAGCUCCAGUACAUCGGAUUUUCUCAAGGGACAACAGUUUUCUGGGUCCUGAUGACAACUAGACCGGAGUAUAAUGAUAAGAUUAGCGCCAUGCAGGCUUUGGCCCCUGUUGCGUAUCUGGGCAAUGUGAGAAGUCCGCUCAUCAGGUUUCUGGGAACAUUCACCAACAGUCUCGAAAUAGCUUUGAAGUUAUUAGGUACCAACGAAAUUUUGCCAAAUGGAAAAAUCAAUGAGAUUGCAGGACAAUCUCUAUGUAUAGAUGAGUCUAUAACUCAGGCCAUUUGUACCAACCUGUUGUUCCUCAUUUGUGGGUAUAACGCCGAACAACUGAAUACAACUAUGCUACCAGUAGUCAUGGGCCACACGCCGGCCGGAGCUUCCACAAGACAGCUCAUACACUUCGGUCAGUUAUACAAAUCGGGCAAAUUCGAACAAUUUGACCACGGAUGGUUUAAAAACAAACGUAUUUACGGUACUUAUAAGCCACCAGCCUACAAGUUGAGUGCAAUAAGGACUCCAGUAUUCCUCCAUUACGCUGACAACGAUUGGUUAUCAACACCAACCGACGUAAAGAAACUGGCUACACAAUUAAGAAGUGCAGUUGGCAUUUACCGAGUGCCGCUAGCAAAGUUCAACCAUUUGGACUUUGUGUUCGCCAUAAAUGCGACAGAAUUGCUAUACAACAGGGUAAUAAAUAUAAUGAAGGUUUUCAUGAACGAAUCAAAAAGAACGAACACUUUAUUCGGCUAAACUGACAAACACUGACUGAUUACAAACAAAAAAAAAAUAUUUUUACACUUGCA